AUGCUGACCAGGCCCCUUGUCCUGGUGACCCUAAUAUCUGCCUUUGGCUCCUCGGUCCAGUACGGUUACAACGCCUUUGUCAUCUUUUACCCAGCCAAGUACAUCCAAAACUUUUACAACGAGACGUAUCGGUUCAGGAACGUGAUCAGCAUCGACCACAGCUUGCUGAAGUUCCAGUGGGGUCUCACCGUUGCCUUUUUCCCAUUUGGGGGUUUCUGCGGGACCCUCCUAGCUGGACCUCUGGUGGACAGCAUUGGCAGGAAAGCAACGCUUCUGGUUAAUAACCUUCUGGCCAUAAUCGCGGCUGCCUUGGUCAUCGCCACCAAACCGAGACACGCCCACGAACUUCUGAUAUGUUCACGCUUCUUGGUGGGAGUCUGCGCCGGGAUUGCUUUCAGCGUGGUCCCCUUGUACCUGGCCGAGAUCGCCCCCCAAAAUCUGCGUGGGGCGCUCUGCACAGUGGCCGACCUUUCGAUCACCUUUGGCAGUCUGUUGGCAGAAGCCAUUGGCUUCCGCGAAGUCCUUGGGACCGAAGAAGGUUGGCCCGUCUUGUUAAGCCUUACUGGCAUCCCGGCGUUGCUCCAAUUACUGUUCCUCCCGUUUUUCCCCGAGAGUCCUCGUUUUCUCCUGAUUCAGAAGAAGGAGGAAGAAAAAGCCAGACAGGCUUUGAAGAAGUUGAGGUGCUCGGACGACGUGGAGCAAGAGAUGGAACAAAUCCAGCAAGAGGAACUGGCGGACAGGAAGGAAAAAGAUAUGGAUGUGAUGAAAAUCCUGUAUUAUCCCGGCCUUCGGUGGCACGUGGUGUCUAUCGCAGUCCUGAUGGCGGGCCAGCAGCUCUCUGGGAUCAACGCGGUCCACUAUUACGCGAAGCGGAUCUACUUGUCCUCGGGGGUCAGCGAUACGAUAGUGUGGUACAUCAGCAUGGCGUUAUCUCUCUUCUUGAUGGUCAUCACAACACUAGUGAUCUGCAUCAUUGAAACCUCGGGACGAAGGAUUCUCCUGCUUACCGGCUUUGGCGUCUGCAUAAUUGCUGGCCUUUUUCUGUCCAUGUCUCUGCAGCUUCAGAAAAAUAUCCCCACCAUGGCAUAUCUGAGUGUGUCAUUCCACACCAUCUUCCUCAUCGGACAAGCUACCGGUCCCAAUCCGGUUCCCAGCGUGCUGGUAGCUGAGUAUUUCCUCCAGACCUGCCGGUCCACGGCUUUCGUGGUCGCCGGAAGCAUCCACUGGAUUUGCAAAUUUCUCAUUAUUGUAACAUAUCUCCACAUGGAAGUCGAACUGGAAGCCUACAGCUUUCUCUUCUUCUGGCCGUUCAACAUCGCCACCAUUUUAUACAUAGCCAAGAUGAUCCCCGAGACCAAGGGCAGGAGUUUCCUGGAGAUCAGGAGAGUCCUGUCUCGCCACCUGGCCCCAGGAGGCAACUGUAUCGUCAAGAGUCUUGAGUUCGGAUCCUGGUCCUCCCCCCCAAAAAGCUAUGGAUCAAGAUCCCGAAAAGGCCAUAGAGAUUACCCCAAGAUUUCUCAGUCAGGGAUCUUCUCCUGUGCCGUGCCGUUGUACCUUGCCGAAAUCGCUCCCCGAAAUUUAAGAGGAGGCAUCAUCACCAUGGCGGUGAUUGCCAUCGGUGUCGGGGUCCUGUUCUCACAGAUCCUUGGUCUUCACGAAUUUCUAGGUUCCAAGAGAAAAUGGGCCAUCUUGCUGAGUUUAACUGGGAUUCUCGCAGUGUUCCAGCUGCUCAUUCUGCCCAACUUCCCUGAAAGUCCACGUUUUUUGUUGAUUCAGAGGAAGAAUGAGGAGAAAGCAAGGAAAGUCUUGAGGAUCCUACGAGACAAGGAGGACGUUGAGGAAGAGAUAGAAGAACUUCACCAAGAAGAUAUAGCUGAGAUGGAAGAAAAAGGACUCAGUGUGUUCAGUCGGCUUACCUACAAAGGUCUACGGAAGCAGAUCAUCUCGGUUAUCCUCUUGAUAGCCGGACAACAAUUCUCGGGCGUCAACGCUGUGUAUUAUUACGCCGAGACGAUCUACAGAACCAAGUGGCUAAAUGAGUACAAAGCUCGAUACAUCAGCAUCGUCUCUUCCACAUUCGUCCUUCUGACCUUGUUAUUUGUGACCUAUAGCGUCGACAGCUUGGGGCGAAGACUCUUAAUCCUGGUGGGGUUUGGCACCUGUAGCACCUUCUGUGUCUUGUUGACCAUAUCUCAGGAACUCCAGAUGACGGUCUCUUGGUUGUCUUACGUCACUUAUAUUUUCCUGAUCAUGCUCCUCAUUGGACACAUGAUAGGUCCAGGUCCAAUACCAAAUAUCAUCAUAGCUGAACUGUUCCUUCAGUCCUCCAGAUCGACGGGAAUUGUCCUGGGGGGGUUUGUCCAUUGGUUUCUAAGAAUUAUAACUGGGAUUAUGGUCUUUGAGGUUGAGAUUAAAGUUGGAUCCUACAGCUUUCUCCUCUUCUGGCCUCUUUGCAUCGCUGGCUUCGUGUUUAUCUUCAGGAACAUCCCCGAGACCAAACAGAGCAGCUUUCUGCAGAUCCGGAACCUUCUCGCUGCCCAGGCCAUCAAAAGGAUUAACGUCCGGGGAUCCCAACGCCGAUCGAAUCCGUUCCGAAGGCUGGAUAGGGGGAGGCGCAAAAAACCCAAGAACAUCACUUCCAAUGUCCCCUCCGUGCCCGAAAUUUAA